AUGAAGAUCAUUAUCAGCCUUCUCACCCUGGUUGGUGCCAUGGUCUCGGCCCUUCCAACCUCCAUCCAGGUCGGAGAUCUUGAGAAGGAGGGCUUCGCCUACAAGGAGAAGAGAGAUCUGGAGAAGGAGGGUUUUGCUUACAGAGACCUCGAGAAAGAGGGGUUCGCAUACAAGGCUAAGAAGAACCUUGAGAAGGAAGGCUUCGCCUACAAGGAGAAGAAAGAUCUUGAGAAGGAGGGAUUUGCGUACAGAGACUUGGAAAAAGAGGGCUUCGCGUACAAGGAAAAGAAGGGUCUCGAAAAGGAAGGGCCGGAUACAAAGACGGAAAUGGGAGAGCGAAAAGCGUUCAUGAUGUUGUUUACUUUCCGAGCAUGGAUAAUGACUGGUGGUAACACUUCUGGCUGA